UCUAUAUAAAACUCAUCACCCGAAUGCAUUUUGAUGUAGCAAAACAAACACAAAAACCUGAUUAAUCAUGGCUAGCCGGAGAGAGGUACGGUGCCGUUGCGGUCGAUGGAUGUGGGUUCAACCGGAGGUCCGUGCCGUUCAAUGCUCAACCUGCCAGACCGUCACGCAGCUCUACUCGGUCGUGGACAUAGCGCGCGGUGCAAACCGCAUGAUUCAGGGGAUUCAACAGCUACGUAGACAACGACAACAACAACAACAACAGAUGAUGGCUCAACCGCCACCACCACCACCGCCACGGCUGCUCGAGCCUCUUCCUUCUCCGUUUGGGAAGAAGAGAGCCGUUUUAUGCGGCGUCAAUUAUAGGGGAAAAAGCUAUAGCUUGAAAGGUUGCAUCAGUGAUGCAAAGUCCAUGAGAUGUUUCUUGGUUCAACAAAUGGGUUUUCCUGUUGACUCUAUUCUCAUGCUCACAGAAGAUGAAGCCAGCACGCAGAGAACACCGACCAAGAGAAACAUUAGAAAGGCGAUGAGAUGGUUAGUUGAAGGAAACAGAGCAAGAGACUCACUCGUGUUCCAUUUCUCUGGUCAUGGAUCUCAGCAGAAGGACUACAAUGGAGACGAGAUGGACGGUCAAGAUGAAGCCUUGUGCCCUUUAGACCAUGAAACAGAAGGUAAAAUCAUCGAUGACGAGGUUAACAAGACACUCGUGAGGCCGCUUGUCCAUGGAGCUAAGCUUCACGCUGUCAUCGACGCCUGUAACAGCGGGACUGUCCUUGAUUUACCCUUCGUUUGCAGGAUGGAGAGGAAUGGUUAUUAUGAAUGGGAAGAUCAUAGAUCAGUGAGGGCUUACAAAGGAACAGAUGGUGGAGCAGCUUUCUGUUUCAGUGCUUGUGAUGAUGAUGAAAGCAGUGGUUACACUCCUGUGUUCACGGGAAAGAACGCAGGAGCCAUGACUUAUAGCUUCAUAAAAGCGGUGAAGACAGCUGGACCGGCACCCACGUACGGACAUCUGCUUAACCUCAUGUGUUCUGCGAUACGCGAGGCCCAGUCUCGCCUCACCUUUGAUGGGGACUACACAACCAGCUCUGAUGCGGAGCCACUGCUAACAUCAUCGGAGGAAUUUGACGUGUACGCGACAAAGUUUAUACUCUGAAUGCUGUACAGAUACAAUUUGCCUAUACGGGAAAUGAUUCAGGAACGUUUUACACAUGUACACACCUACUUAUAAACCGAAAUGUAACUUUUGAUAAAUAAAAGCUAUGAA